UGCGUUGCCAAGAGCUCCUCGCUGGCUACGUGUGCCAAUUUUCUUCGCGGUUCUUCGUGUGGUGCUAAAUAUUCUUGUUUUUCGUGCCUGUCUGCUACAUAUGCGGAAGAAUGGGACGUUGCUGUGUGCCAAACUGCAAAGGGAAUUACGACACUGGCCCCAAAGUACGACUGUUCGAGUUCCCUCGCGAUCCUGAGCGGAGAUCACAAUGGCAGCGAGCUGUGCGGCGCGGCGACAUAGACGUUGCAAAGCUUAAGAAUCCAUUGGUAUGCGAACGUCACUUCAAAGAGGAAUCUCUCCGCACGACGACAAAAUAUACAGAUUGCGACGGUCGCACCAUUGAAGUCAAGAUGAAAUUGACGCGACUCACGCACGAUGCUGUGCCUACAAUUUUUCCGGACAGCCCUGACUACCUGUCGGAUACUCACCAAUCGAGAGAAGAACCAGGAAUGAAGAAAAAACGAAGAGAAGAUGAGCAACUUCAGAAAGCUAUUGAGGAGUCCGUGCUGGCGCACAAGAAGGAGUUGGAAGAAAACAAGUUGACAUGCCUGGACGACAUAAAUUCUCGCCUGCACCUGCUACAAGAAAAAAAAUAUUGGUCAGUUGUGAAUGCCGACGGCCAUGUCAUCUUUGCGCACAUCGAAGCAACAAUUGAAGUUCCGAAUCUUAUUUCGUCUAUAGUCAUAUCAUCGAAUAUGUCUGUGCGCGUCUUUGUGGGAGGUGCUCGCCUUACGUCAGACGAACGGCUUGACAUUCCAGAAGUAGUUCACGACAUGCGUGUGCUGGUGCAACUUCUGGACGGCGUACAAGAGUACUGUCGCAGAAGAGAACUUGGAAAAGAUGAAAAAGUGAAUGGAGUGUUAAAGCUUGUGGUUUCCCUCCUCGAGGAUAUUUCUAGGGAAGACCUUCUGGAUGAUGAAAGAGUAGAAGCAGUAAUGUUUCUCAGGGAACAGUGCCAGCUCCUGAUGAGACGAAGCAAAAGGUAUUCAGCUGAACUAUUAAUUCUUUCAACUGUGUUUUACACUAUUUCUCCCCAUGGUUACAACUUUUUGCGAAGCAGUGGUAACAUCGUAUUGCCUCACCCUUCGACAAUUAAACGUGUGUGUGCCGCUCAUGAUGUGAGCCCUUUGAAGGAACAAAAUCAAGAAGGGUUCUUACGGUACAUGAAAAGAAGGGCCAGCCUACUGCAGUUGCAUGAAAGAAAUGUCACAUUGAUGCUUGAUGAAAUACACUUGCAACAAUUCUUUGACUACAAGGCAGGCAGGUUAACAGGAGCUUCUGUUAACAGCAUUGAACCAGCGAAAACAGCGCACGUUUUUAUGGUUCAGAGUUUAUUGUCAGCAUAUAAAGAUGUAGCACACAUAUUACCAGUGUCUAAAAUUACAGCUGAAGAACUACAUAAAGUGCUGAGAGAAGUAAUAAUUAUUCUUGAAGAUUGUGGCCUUCACGUAGUGGCAGUAAUAACAGACAAUAACUCAAUUAACAGAAAGGUAAUGUCACUGUUCGCAGGAAGCAACCAUCUAGAAAUAGUGUAUCCUCAUCCAGCGGAUCCUCAAAAACCUUUAUUUCACAUUGUUGACACAGUGCAUUUGCUAAAAUGCAUUCGUAAUAACUGGAUUAACCAGAAAAAUGCUGACAAGUGCCUGUAUUAUCCUCAUUUUGAUUGUUAUGAUGAGGAGAACAAAAGGCUGGAAGGUGCAUCGUUCACCACAUUAAGAAAACUGCAUGAAGCUGAAGAAAAUAGUGUUGUGAAAAUUGCUUAUGGGCUAACUUACAAGGCUCUGAACCCAAGUAACCUAGAGCGACAAAAUGUUAAGCUCGCUCUCAAGAUAUUUAACACCUUCGUGUCGUCGGCUUUGAGAAUUCAAGAUGAAACUUUGCAUUUGGUCCUUGCUGACGGAACAGCAAAUUUCAUUGAUUUAAUUGUAAAGUGGUGGAACAUCGUGAAUGUGAAAACUCCUCAUAAAGGCUGCAGGCUAAAAGAUGUGUGGCAAGAGCCAGUGCGCAAUAUCAGCUGCGAGCAGCUGCAAUAUCUGGACAAGUUUGUUAGCUGGCUUGAUUCUUGGAAGGACAGAAACGUGCAAACAGGCGCUCUCACAAAAGAGACCCACACAGCUUUACGGCUAACAACGUAUGCCCUGAUCGAGGUGUCUAGGUACUGCAUGGAGGAACUUAAUUUUAGAUACGUGCUCCUUGGUAAAUUCCAAACUGACUCGCUUGAGGCUCGGUUUGGGAGAUACAGGCGACUAUGUGGUUCGCACUAUAAUGUGUCGAUAACACAAGUGUUAGAGGCAGAGGCUAAGAUCCGCCUACAAAACACAUUGAUUUUGGCAGACAUGCCUGAAUCACACAGUCAGAAUGAAAAUGAGCCUAAUGCUGAAGAGACAAUUAGGAAGUAUGGCAUACGCUUGACCAAUGCUGAAUUAAACAAGCCACGACAGGACAUGGCUGCAUUGGUCUACAUCGCCGGCUACUGUGCCCACGCAGCUCUUAAGCGACAACCAUGUGAUGACUGCCGUGACAUACUGACAGUCGCGGAACGAGAGCUGGAAGAAAGUGACCAUGUGCUGAUUGACAGCAUCAGUCGAGGUGGACUGAAAUUUCCACAGCCAGCUGUUAUUCAUGCAGUGCUCUGCGCGAAGGUUGUUUUCGAUCGUGUCACUAGUAAAGAGCAUGAGCUUCAGUUUCAUGCCGAAAGUAAUCAUCGAUUGACUCUACUUAGUGUUCUUAUGUAUUUGUUGAAUGACAACGAAGAAUUUGAUGCUUGUGCAGCUGGCCACACUCCAGAUUCAGUAAUGAAAAAUGUUUUGCUGCCAGCGAUAAACAUCCUGCUCAAGAACUACGCUUCUCUCAAAAAUGAAGCGCUGAGCAAAAAGAAAUCGAAUGGAACGAAAAGAAAGUUAGUUACUUUGAAAUGAUUUUGUGAUUGCAUUUCUGUGUGUAUGUGUUUGUGUGUGCAUGUUCGUGCGUAUUCACUCUCGAAAUAAAAUUUAUUUCUUG